AAACUUCUUGAUGAUCCUUAUAAUAUUUCUGUUAUUAUUCCCCAGCAGUUCAUGGAAAUAAAUAACACAAUCCAUUUUUUUUCUCUCUCGGACGAUUCGGCGUCCAAUUAUUCUUUUUCCCUGUGGCUCGUCGGCUGCGCGUUGUGCGUUGUCGUGGAAACGAGAGCCAAACACAACACAGCCGUCAUUUUAUACCCGCCCUGCUUUCAUUUGGCGACGUAUAUAAUAAUCCGACGUUGCAGCUAUAGUAUCCUGUGCUUAUUUCGAGUUUCCUUUUCGCUUCUUAUAAUUGAUACACCGAAUCAGUGACUGGAGCCAGCAAGGGCUAUGAACAACUGCUAUUUGUGGAUGAGAGAGCAGCAGCAGCAGCAUGCUGAGGAGGAGCCGAAUGUCGAAGAAGAACAAGAUCGAUCGUUGCACGUCGUUGAAGUCUGUCUACCCACCGUCCGCCAGCCGUUUCAACAAUUCGAUCAGAUGUUGGAUGACGAAGAACUACCGGAAUUGAGCUUAAGCGAGCCGGAUUCCAAUUCCAGGAACAAUGAUCCACCGAGCUCCACUGAGAGAUCCUCCAGCAGCAGCAGCACCAGUCAGAAUGAAUGCGCUCAGAGGGAUGUGCGGAAUGCUGCCGGAAUUCCGGCGUCGUCGGUUGCCAGCAGCAGCCAAUCACUAAUGCGAACGUCCCAUCGCAAGAAAUUCCUGUCUAGAAGCCACAACUCGCUUGUAUUCCAACCUCCAGAUUAUUCGAAAGUCGAGAGCAAAGUCAAGAAAUACAUCGACUCCAUGAGAGAGCAGCAACAGCAGCGCCGACAGGGCCCUAAAAAUCAGUUUGAUCCAGAGCCAGUCCCGGCCCUUGAGCUGGAACAGCAUUCGUCCGUCGUGCCGGAAGAUGUGACCAAUUUGAAACGGCAAUUGGUCGAUCAAGAAGCGAUGGUCGAAGUCCUCCAAGAAGGCCACGACAGACUGUUGUUGCACAACGCUAGACUUCAAAACAUGAUGGAAGAUAUGCGCACCAAGAUACGUAUUCUGCACGCACAGCAACAGCGCCAGGAGCGUCAGCCGCAACGGCAGGAACGUCGUACGAAUAGUCCUCCUCAACCGGAUGUCGAUAAGGAUCUUUCCGCAAGCCAAGGAAGUUUUGUAUCGUCCAGCACUGAAAGUGCUGGUGUUGACCCCCUAGUAGCCAUCCAACUGGGUCUGACUCAUCAUCAGCAUGAAUCUCUCAGCAUCACGCCAUCCUCUUACCUGGACCUCCCUCCAUUCGGUCAGUUCAACAGGAAAGCGGAAGACGAUGAAACCAGUAGCUGUGAUUCAAGUUGGAAUUCCAGCAAACUUCAUCAACAGCAUCAGCCAACGACGACUAAAAUUGCAGCUCCUGUCUGGCUGCAAGGCAAAGAACACAUAAUAAAACCGACACUCCCGGAAGAGUCUUUGUUGCCAGAAAAUGAUGCCAAGCCAGAUCUACUGCUGUUAAAACAAUUAAAAGAGAUAACUAUUACAGCUUUAGAAGUCAGGGACCAGACCCGCACAAUAAUUCGCCAAAUAAAUCUUAUUCAACCUCAUGGAUUAUGAAAAUCGAUGUAUGUCUAUUGACUUAUUAAGGUAAAUAACAAUAUAAAUUUCU